AUGGCUGCGGCAGUCCUGUGGAGAAUGAGGGGGACAGCGCAAUCAAAGCUGCUGUCCGGUCUGAGAAUCCAGGCCCCUGGAGGCCGGGCGCGGCCGCUGAUCUUGGCGCUCCUGCUUGCGUUCCCUACACUGUCCACUGCUUCAUCACUGCCUAAUUCACCGAGUGAAACUGUUUCUGCUCCAAAUAUGAGUUCUGUAUUCAGUGAAAACCAAACCAAUACUUCUGCUUCUCAGCUCAGUACUACCCUCCCUCCCAUAACUAGUACUGAGAAAACUAGAGGGCCAGCUGGGGCUCCUCAUCUCUCUCCUACUACUUCUCUGCCCCAGGAGGAAGCUGAUAAUAAUGAGGAUUCUAACAUAGAGGAGGAGGUUCUUUUCACACUGAAUAGUUCUCCAGCCACAGCCAAAGACACUCAGGACAAUGGAGAUUAUGGAGAUUAUGACUGGACCACCAACCCUAGAGAUGAGGAGUCAGAGGAGACCUUGGAAGAAAACAGGGGUUACAUGGAAAUCGAACAGUCCGUGAAAUCCUUUAAGGCCCCAUCCUCAGACAUAGAAGAGGAAGAUGGCCAUUUCUUUUUUCAUCUUCUUAUUUUUGCUUUUUGUAUUGCUAUUGUUUACAUUACAUAUCACAACAAAAGAAAGAUUUUCCUUCUGGUUCAAAGCAGGAAAUGGCGUGAUGGUCUUUGUUCCAAAUCAGUGGAAUAUCAUCGCCUUGACCAAAAUGUUAGUGAAGCAAUGCCUUCUCUGAAGAUUACCAAUGAUUAUAUUUUUUAA